AGAGAGGAUAGAAAAAUCGGAUCGAUGAUGUGCCAAGCCUAUAAGUCCUAUACCUUUAAAUGGACCCCGUCGCUUGAUUGGGAACUAUCCCAUAUUUCUUUGAUUAAUGGGUGUCCUUCCUCGACUAUCACUUGGUGUCUUCUCCGAGAGAUCGUCUUUUGGGGUUUCUCUCGCGGGCAAGGUGGACUCACAAGGACACAAUCAGGAGACGCGAACGCGCAUCCGGUCCGUUUAUCCCCAGAAAAGUUCUUUUAUUGCAAGCGAAAGUGACGACUACGAUUUGUCAAGACUCAAGUCAUCCUCUAUUUUUUUUAUUCCCUCAACCUUGCCUUACGCGCCAACGGGUGAUCGACUUUUUCUUGGUUUUUUUUUGUCUCUUGUAUCUUUUAUUCUUAGGUACAUACCUACAUACCUACAUACCAUCAUAUCGGUUUUUUCUAAUUCUGAUGUGUCGAUGCUGCAGUCCGUAUGUCUGUGUGUGUUAUGCUCGACUCUGUUUCGCUACCAAAGUUUUUUCUCCCUUUUUCCAUCGACUUCCAUUCUCGCGUUGGCUGUGGUUCUGAUACGAUAUCGGCCGAAAAGGAAUCCCGUUGUCUUGGCUUGCAUCUUAAACAUCGCAUCGUCGCUAAAGAGUGGUCAGACUCGGUAGGAGCCGACGGUGCCGAAAAGGCGACGGGCAUUCCUAGGCGAGCACCACGUGGUAAACGUGGUCAGCUUCUGAGUUUGGCAUCUUGAGCGGGAAUUGCUUCCUACUACGCAGUUACUGCAGUAGAUAAUUUCGAACUAGGCUGUUGACGCCGGUCCGCUAUUCGCUUAGACGGGAAAC